GCCAUCUAAUGAGGAAUAUCUGCACAGUUCCUUAUUGAUUUUUUUAUUUGUGCAUUGUUAACAUUUUGCACGAUUUAAACGAGUCGAUAAAGUCACACAAGGAUCUUCAACGGUUUUUUUGAAACUCAACUGUAUUAGGACGUAAGUAGCCGUCGUAGAAUACUAUAAUAAUCUUGUAUUUAAUCCCUAAGUAAGCGUACUUGUUCUAAAUUAAGUAAAUUUAUGUUGAUAAAUUACCGGUCGGUCGAAUCGCCUGUAAAUUUAUUGUCUAGUCCUUUUCAAACGAUAUAUAUUAAUACGUAUUGCUAAAAAUUUCUAUUUUUGCAAGUGAAUGUAGCAUAUUUUGCAAGUAAAUCAUUCCAAAAUGAAUGCUAAACUCAACCUAUAUAACCUAAAUAGAAAUAUAUAGCAGAGAGGAAACGGUGAAUAGCUACUGGAUGACCGAGUUAUGCUAAUGGUACCCGAAAAAACAUCGUGUAGGCCUAGAUAGUUCACGUGAUUCAUACGUAGGAAUAUAUCUUUCUAUAUCCCCCACCCUUGAUUCUUUUCCAAUACCUUUUAUACUACUAAUGUAUGCAUAACGGUUGAAUAGGUACGAAAUUUUCGGUACACCUGUUAGGGAUGGCGGCUAUCCGAAAGAAGCUAGUAAUUGUGGGCGACGGUGCAUGCGGUAAAACUUGCUUGUUGAUCGUCUUUUCUAAGGAUCAAUUCCCGGAAGUAUAUGUACCAACUGUAUUCGAGAAUUACGUGGCUGAUAUUGAAGUGGAUGGUAAACAAGUCGAAUUAGCCUUAUGGGACACAGCCGGACAGGAAGACUACGAUCGCCUCCGCCCUCUAUCCUAUCCUGAUACGGAUGUGAUCCUAAUGUGCUUUAGUAUAGAUAGUCCAGAUUCUCUGGAAAAUAUUCCAGAGAAAUGGACCCCGGAAGUUAAGCAUUUUUGCCCAAAUGUUCCUAUCAUACUUGUUGGUAAUAAGAAGGAUUUGAGGAACGACGAGGCAACGAAAAGAGAGUUGCAAAAGAUGAAACAAGAGCCAGUUAAGAAUGAGGAGGGCAAAACGAUGGCGGAUAGAAUCAACGCUUUUGGCUAUCUGGAAUGUUCGGCCAAGACUAAGGAUGGUGUGAGGGAGGUGUUUGAGACGGCUACUAGGGCCGCUUUGCAAGUCGAGUUGGCUUUAUGGGAUACGGCCGGUCAGGAAGAUUACGACCGUCUGCGUCCCUUAUCCUAUCCAGAUACGGACGUGAUUCUCAUGUGCUUUAGUAUCGAUAGUCCUGAUUCAUUGGAAAAUAUUCCUGAAAAAUGGACUCCGGAAGUAAAGCACUUUUGUCCCAAUGUACCCAUUAUACUCGUUGGCAAUAAGAAGGACUUGCGCAACGACGAUCAGACUAAAAGGGAACUAAUGAAGAUGAAACAAGAACCAGUAAGGCCCGAAGAGGGGCGAGCCAUGGCUGAUAGAAUUAACGCCUACGCCUAUUUGGAAUGUUCUGCCAAGUCGAAGGACGGUGUUCGGGAAGUGUUCGAAACAGCAACUAGAGCGGCUCUACAGGUGAAAAAGAAGAAGAAAGGAGCCUGUACGGUUCUGUGA